CGUCGAGGUACACUUGGUAUCGAUGAGGAACAGAUGCCUCAAUCGCAGGAAAUUCCUACUUUUGCAAAACAUCUUCUCGCAUGGAUGCGUGAAAAACACCGCAAAACACGCGUGAUUUUGACACCUUGCAUUGUGGCGCCGUCUCUGAGAAAUUGCAGCAAUCGCGAAAAUGUAAACAAACCACGAAAGCAAAAAAGAGUACAAAAGGUAUUUUCCAACUCAUCUGAUGGCAGAAUCUCUGUAAAAUGUACCGUGAAAUCUGUGUUGUGUCGUCUUUUUGAAAAUAGCUCGUCUGUAGAUAUGAAAAUCACAAGACGGCGAGUGUUGAUGUACACUUUGUACGGGCUUGUGAUACUCACUUUGUUGUUUUGGCUGUACAAAUGGUCUCAGGAUGAUCCUGGACACUUGAAUCCUUCGCAGCGAAGGCACUCGAAGGAGGAGAUCACAAUUGCUGUUGUGACAUGUGGAUCGAGGCUCCACGAGACGCUGAACAUGUUGAAAUCCGUGUUGCUGUUCAACACUGAAGAGUUGCCGCUCAAGUUUGUCAUCAUCACCGAAGAUGAUCUGAUGCAGAGCUUCUCAGAGAAGCUGAGCGACUGGAAGGAGAUGCUGAAGGACAGCUUUAGUUUCCAACUCAUGACACUUAUAUUUCCGGAGAAGAAUCGUGAAGAGUGGAUCAAUUUAUUCAAGCCUUGCGCUGCUCAGCGGCUUUUUCUGCCCAGCCUCCUUAGUCACAUCGACUCCGUUCUCUAUGUGGACACAGACACCCUCUUCCUGUCCUCCGUAGUGGACGCUUGGAAAAUGUUCCGGCAGUUCAAUGAGAGCCAAAUUGUGGGUCUCUCGCCUGAACAUGAGGACAGUAGUGUUGGCUGGUACAAUCGCUUCGCCAGGCAUCCUUUCUACGGUCCGCUGGGACUCAAUUCCGGCGUGAUGCUCAUGAAUCUCACGCGAAUGCGCGCUUUUGAAUGGGAGCAAAAGAUCCUACCCAUCUAUAAAGAGUACCGAACGAAAAUCACCUGGGGAGACCAAGAUCUCAUCAACAUCCUCUUCCAUUUCCAUCCGGAGAAGCUGUAUGUCUUCCCGUGUGAGUGGAACUACCGUCCUGACCACUGCAUGUACAUGAGCGUUUGCAAGGCGCCGAGCGGCGUAAGAAUUGUCCAUGGGAAUCGAGGGUACUUUCACUCUGAGAAGCAACCGGCUUUCCGGGAGAUUUUCGCGGCUGUUGAGGAAUAUCAAAUAGGCUCGGAUCCUUACAGACACUUUCUAUUGCCGCUGAUUGUGCGGUUUAAGGACAUCUCCGUUGCCAAUUCCAACUGCGGAAAAGUCACGGACAAAUUUCUCUACAAAGCUAAGCAGAUGUUCAAGGAUAAUUUCUAUAAUUACGAUUAGAUUUCGAGGUGUUGUGAUAAAGGCUGGAAAAUUUAAGUACCAUCAAACUUGCCAUAGGAAAAAGAAGCAGCAGUAUUUUUUGUCAUAUUUUACUUUGUACUUUUUGUAAGUCUUUGUCAUGUGCCUUUUUUCAAUAU